CCUUCCUUCUUGAUAAAUACUGGGAUCCGCUGUUAUAACAGUUAGUAAAUAAGUUCGUUUAGAUUAGAAUAGUUCGGGGAUAUAUAAGCGUUUUGUUUUUAUUGUGUUAUUAUGGAUUAUCAGUAUUUUCUGACUCAUUUCAACAACUUGGUUAAUAUGGACAUAGAGGAAGGAGAGUCUUCUAGCAGUGGUCCAUUAUCAACCCUAAACAGCCUGUUUUCAUUCACAAGUCCUGCAGUCAAGAAACUACUUGGCUGGAAACAGGGAGAUGAAGAAGAAAAAUGGGCUGAAAAGGCUGUUGAUAGUUUAGUGAAAAAACUAAAAAAAAGAAAAGGUGCAAUUGAGGAAUUAGAACGUGCCUUAUCAUGUCCUGGAACACCAAGUAAAUGUGUCACAAUUCCCAGAAGUUUGGAUGGAAGACUCCAAGUUUCCCAUCGUAAAGGAUUACCUCACGUAAUCUAUUGUAGAGUGUGGAGAUGGCCCGAUCUGCAAAGUCACCAUGAGUUAAAGCCAUUGGAACAUUGUCAAUAUCCAUUCUCUGCCAAACACAAGGAAGUCUGUAUCAAUCCUUAUCAUUAUAAGAGAGUGGAAAGCCCAGUUUUACCGCCUGUUUUGGUUCCAAGACACAAUGACUUUGUACCCGGUCAUUCAUUACUUCCAUUCCAACAACUUGUUGAGCCGAAUAUGCCCCAAAACGUGAGCUAUUCUCAAAAUGGUUUCAAUUCCAAUCAAAUGAGCCCUAGUUCGCCGUUGUCUAAUGUGUCAUCACCCGGAAGUGUUUCAUCUAAUCCCCAAUCACCAUAUGCCAAUCUUGCAGAAACCCCUCCUCCUGCUUAUAGUCCUACAGAUGAAAAUAAUGUAAAUCCAAACAACAAUCAGAAUCCUGAACAAAGUUUAGCCAAUGAUGUCCAACCAGUGGCUUAUCAAGAACAACCAUUCUGGGCCUCCAUAGCUUACUACGAGUUGAAUAGUCGGGUAGGUGAGGUAUUCCAUUGUCAUUCCACCUCAGUUAUAGUGGAUGGAUUCACAAACCCUAGCAACAAUUCCGACAGAUUCUGUCUUGGCCAGUUGAGCAACGUUAAUCGUAACUCUACUAUUGAGAACACUAGGCGACAUAUAGGCAAAGGGGUGCAUCUGUACUAUGUGAAUGGUGAAGUUUAUGCGGAGUGUCUCUCUGAUUCUCCGAUAUUUGUGCAAUCAAGAAAUUGCAACCAUCACCACAAUUUCCAUCCAUCUACUGUCUGCAAAAUACCGGCUGGUUGCUCGUUGAGAAUAUUCAACAAUGCAGAAUUCGCUCAGCUUCUUUCACAGUGUGUCAAUCAUGGUUUCGAAGCCGUUUAUGAACUGACAAAAAUGUGUACGAUCAGGAUGAGUUUUGUGAAGGGUUGGGGCGCUGAAUAUCAUCGACAAGACGUGACCAGCACUCCUUGCUGGAUAGAGAUUCAUCUUCAUGGGCCUCUGCAGUGGUUGGAUAAGGUUUUGACGCAGAUGGGUGCUCCUCACAAUGCAAUCAGUUCAGUAUCGUAAUUCAGUAAGUGAACAUUCUGAUUUCUUCAAAAUUGAAUUGAGUCGUAUUUAGUGAUUCCUGUCUAAGCACCAAAUUUUAUUUUUAGACAAAUAAACGUCUUUUUUUUUGUACAUGAUAAUUUUUAAUGUUUUUCAUUAUUGCUGUAUCAAAUAUCGAAUUUGAGUUAUUGCAUACAUUUUGUUGCUUAAUUUUUAAGAUCUACAAAAUCAUGAAGUUGACAGGGUUUAAUAAACAUGGACAAUUUUAUACAGAUAUAUUAAGAACGUUGGAAACAUUUUUAUCCAAAAAAAAAUUUUCUUUUAAUCAUUGUUUUCAAAAAUAACAUAAAUUGUUCACGUUUUACCCUGAUUUUUUCUUCUGAAUGUGCAAUAUUCCCUAUGAGUCACAAGAAAAUUGUGAUUUAAAAAUUGGAAUUCCAAAAAUUUUAUAAUUUUUCCAAAAGAAAGUGAAAAAUUUGUGCAAUUCUCCUAAGUUAAGAGAGUCUGUUUCUAAAAAUUCAUUAAUUAAGGUGUUAAUUUCUUCACGAUAUGAGUAUAAAUAAAUUGUUGCAGCUUCCAAACUGAAUUAUUUUUUAAGAUUCUUCAAAGGUGCUUUUAUGAUCUCUUAUUUGAUUUAUUAGAUAUUAAAAUUAAAAAAAUGAUAUAUCAAGAGGCCAUAUUUUCUCAUUGGAUUUUCAUAUGCCUACAGCCUAUGAAUGUAAAUUUGUAAAUAGUCUCUAUUUUCUCGACUAUGGCAAAUGAAAAUCAAUAUGAUUGUAUCCAUAAGAAUAAAAAGUUUCAAAAAAAGUGAAUAAAUGAAAACAUAUUUCGAUGAAUUUUACUUGAUAGUUUGUUGUCUAGCAGUACAUAUUCAAUUUUAUCUUUACUUGAGACAAAAAUGUGUCCUCGAAAAAUUGUUCAAAUUAAUUCAUAGAAAGAGAUUUUAAUAGAUAAAUUUAAUUAUUCCAAUCAGUUCUAUGACAAGUGUUACUUAGAUAAAGAAGUUUUCUGUACUCUAGUAAAUAGUUCAUGUUAGAUAAAUUCUCGAUACGAUAUUUGUUUAUUGAAUUCAGACCAAAACUAUUAUUAUUAGAAAGCAUUUUUUUAUAUUUAUGAAAAAUUUAGAUUGAACCAUACCUCAUUAAUUUUUAGAAUGAAUAGAUCCUUCUUUCUUUGUAUCCCUAAAGCGUAAUUUUCAAUAUAGAACCUCUCGAUUGAAUAAUUCACAGGGUACUGGGUGAAAGUGUCAAAAAAUCUAGUGAGUGUUUAAAACACAUAAAUUAACUGAAUUAGCAAAAUUGUUAUGUUGAGGUUUUGGAUUCUGAUUUCCUACCAUUGACUUUGCCCAUAAAGACUUCCAGUUCUCAUAUAUUGAAUUAGAAACUGUCUUUCAAUAUAAACAUUUACAAGUAAGUUAAGAAUAUUCCAGAAAAAAAGUUUUCCUAGAGAAGAUACUCUGUUUUUGUUAUCCAACAAAGAAAUCAAUUUUAAUUUUGAACCUAUAAUCCAGUGUACUAUUUAACGAUGUAACAUCCGACCAUAAUAUUUACAUCUUGAGUGCAUUAAGUUAAUUGAUAAAAGACGUUGAAACCUGUUGUAUAUGUGUGUGUGAACUUCUCAGACUGGUUUUGAAAAAAAAACGUAAUAAGAUUGGAUAUUUGCUUGAGAUUCUGCAAUUAUAACUGUACAUCUGAUGUCUACUGCUGUAAUAUGUAUAUUGAGUAUGAGUACUUAUAUAUUACUUGAUGACAUCCUCUUCCUGAAGUACAGGCUGUUCAUCAUAGUGUUUCCCAACACUUUCAGUUGACUAUUUGAAUUGAUACAUUUAACUGUGAACCAAAGUAAUUAUUUUGUGUAUACUUACAUUAUCUUUUCAAUAUUGGUAUUUUUUUUUUCAAGUGAAUAAUUUCAAUUAUGCCCAAUAUUGAAGAAAUAUUCAUUGUCUUGCUGAGCUAAGUUUCGCAAAUUAUUUUGAAAUAUCCUGUGAACCAAGUUGAAAAAAAAAAUGAAAGUGAUAUUUUGGCAACAAUUCCGUGCCUGCUUACAAAAAUGAGGCUUUUGCUGCUGUGCCUUCAUGAAUUUUAUACACUAAAGAUAUUUUAGGAGGAAAGUUUCAUCUAAAACGAUAUUCUAAAUAUUCUGCAAUAUUUUCCAAUUAACUGUGACAAAAUGUAAACGUAAUUAAAAAAAGUGCAUUAUUUCUGAAUUUCUUGUUACUCCUGUUUCACAAGUCGAAAAGAACAUUUUACAAAUUAAUUGAUGUUAAAAAAUUUGAUUGACUGCCACUAUUAGGUAGAUUGUGUCAAAAUGUAAAGAGUAAAGUGAAUAUGUGACAUAAGUGUCCUAUUUUUUUCAGUGUAACUUCACAAAUUUUUCUAUGAGUGAUAUGUGUAAGUUGCCAUUUCUUGCUUAAUUGUAUUUCUAGUUGCAACAUAUUAAUUUCAUGUAAAUUUUAAUGUUUCGUACAUUGUUAUUAAUGUUUUCUAUUACUGGAAUAUAUACCUAUCAGUACAA